AUGGCAGGAGGCGACAGCCACCACUUCACGGUUGGUGGUUUGGUUCUUCUUUUAUUAUCUGGGGUUUCGGGGGUCACAGCAGCGAUUGAAUCGGAGAGGGAAGAACGUCAUUCAUGGCGAGGGGUUGUUGUGUCCGUCACUGCCAUGACCACGAUGGGUCACAAUACUGAGUCUCAAAAUUAUCCGCAACCCUCGUCUUCGAGGUCAGCAGCAUCGACGACGUCUUGCAGUGCUGUUAACUUCUUAACAGAUGGCGAUGGCGAUGGCGAUGGCGAUGGUGGAAUGGUUGGCGGAACCACAACAAUGGCGGCGCACCAGAAUGCUCUUCUUUAA